AGUGUUGGUUGCUCACAGAACAGCAGGGCGAGAAGGGGAAUCUAUAGCAUAAGCCAACCACAUACGACAUCCGCAAGGGAAAGGCAACCACAAGAUUACAUCAGCAAUGGCAGAGGAGUGGGGAAAUGCAGUGUUUGCUGCAAGACGGCGCAAUGAAGACACAACAAGAGAGUCUUCAUUCACUUACACCAACAGCAACAAUACUAAAGAUCCCUUUGAGGGCCCUAACUACCACAUUGCUCCCCGAUGGGUGUACAAUCUCUCAACGAUGUGGAUGAUAUUUGUGGUUAUUGCAUCAGUCUUCACCAAUGGCCUGGUACUGGUGGCCACAGCAAAAUUCAAGAAGCUCCAGCACCCUCUGAACUGGAUCUUGGUCAACCUUGCUAUUGCUGAUAUUGGAGAGACCCUUUUGGCCAGUACCAUCAGUGUUUGCAAUCAAUUUUUCGGAUAUUUCAUUCUGGGACACCCUAUGUGUGUCUUUGAGGGCUUCACUGUCUCUACUUGUGGUAUUGCUGCUCUUUGGUCCCUAACUGUGAUUUCCUGGGAGAGAUGGGUGGUUGUGUGCAAGCCUUUUGGAAAUGUCAAGUUUGAUGCUAAAUGGGCCAUUGGCGGUAUUGUCUUCUCCUGGGUCUGGUCAGCAAUAUGGUGUGCUCCCCCCAUCUUUGGCUGGAGCAGGUUUUGGCCUCAUGGCUUGAAGACUUCUUGUGGACCUGAUGUGUUCAGUGGAAGUGAAGACCCUGGAGUACAGUCCUACAUGAUUGUUCUGAUGAUUACCUGCUGCUUCCUCCCUCUGGCCAUCAUUAUCCUUUGCUACAUUGCAGUGUGGUUGGCCAUCCGUGCUGUGGCCCAGCAGCAGAAAGACUCUGAGUCUACACAGAAAGCUGAGAAGGAAGUGUCCAGGAUGGUUGUUGUGAUGAUCGUUGCUUACAUUGUGUGCUGGGGACCUUACACAUUUUUUGCCUGCUUUGCUGCGGCUAACCCAGGAUAUGCCUUCCAUCCUCUGGCUGCUGCACUACCAGCCUACUUUGCCAAGAGCGCCACUAUCUACAAUCCAAUUAUCUAUGUCUUCAUGAACCGACAGUUCCGUGUUUGCAUCCUGCAGAUGUUUGGAAAGAAGGUGGAUGAUGGCUCUGAGGUAUCCACAUCCAAGACUGAGGUGUCCUCUGUUGCACCUGCAUAAACUCUGUCCUUUCAUCACACUGGUCUGGAAACCCCCAUGCAAUAGUGGGAUCUCAUAAAGACAAGACAGAACAUGAAACUUAUGUAUAUAUUUUGGCACCAUGGAAUUACUUUUAUUACAGUUACUAUAACAGGCUAAAAUCAACCUCUGAAUUAAAUGAUUUUUGAUCAGGGGACAAUUUCAGCUUACAUACACAUUUGUAGAUACUUUAAUAGCUCUUGGAAAAACAAAAAAGCUAUGCAGCACAUGGCAUGUGCUCAAAUAGAUUUUUACAGUCUAUGCACAAAUGGUGAUAUUUUUUCUUAAACAGUGUGUUUAGGGAAAAAUACGUUAAUGGCAAGUUCAAAACUAUUGUUUAUGUGUACAAUUACUGUCAUAAGAUUUUUAUUUUAGAAAGAUGUGCAAAUUGAAAAUUAAAAAAAAAUGCUGGUAUAAUUUUUAUGUUGUAUUAUUU